GUACUGUCCGACAAUAUGGCAGCCACUAGCCACAUGUGGCCAUUGAAAUUUCCUUAUCAGCAGAAUCCUUACAAUCCGCGGGGCAGCUCUGCUGUCAUCCAGUGCUACCGAUGUGGAGAUACCUGCAAAGGGGAAGUGGUUCGGGUCCACAAUAACCACUUCCACAUCAGAUGCUUCACCUGUCAAGUGUGUGGCUGUGGCCUGGCCCAGUCGGGCUUCUUCUUCAAAAACCAGGAGUACAUCUGCACCCAGGACUACCAGCAGCUCUAUGGCACCCGCUGUGACAGCUGCCGGGACUUCAUCACAGGCGAGGUCAUCUCGGCCCUGGGCCGCACCUACCACCCUAAGUGCUUCGUGUGCAGCCUGUGCAGGAAGCCUUUCCCCAUUGGAGACAAGGUGACCUUCAGUGGGAAGGAAUGCGUGUGUCAGACGUGCUCCCAGUCCAUGACCAGCAGUAAACCCAUCAAGAUCCGUGGACCAAGCCACUGCGCUGGGUGCAAGGAGGAGAUCAAGCAUGGUCAGUCGCUCCUGGCGCUGGACAAGCAGUGGCACGUCAGCUGCUUCAAAUGCCAGACCUGCAGUGUCGUCCUGACCGGGGAGUACAUCAGCAAGGAUGGCGUUCCAUACUGCGAGGCUGACUACCACUCCCAAUUUGGCAUUAAAUGCGAGACUUGUGACCGAUACAUCAGCGGCAGGGUCUUGGAGGCAGGAGGGAAGCACUACCACCCAACCUGUGCCAGGUGUGUGCGCUGUCACCAGAUGUUCACCGAAGGGGAGGAGAUGUACCUCACAGGUUCUGAGGUUUGGCACCCCAUCUGCAAACAUGCAGCCCGGGCAGAGAAGAAGUUGAAGCACAGGCGGACGUCAGAAACUUCCAUCUCACCGCCUGGGUCCAGCAUUGGGUCGCCCAACCGAGUCAUCUGUGCUAAAGUGGAUAACGAGAUCCUUAAUUACAAAGACCUGGCCGCUCUCCCCAAGGUCAAGUCCAUCUAUGAGGUGCAACGCCCCGACCUCAUUUCCUACGAGCCCCAUUCCAGAUACACGUCCGACGAGAUGCUGGAGAGGUGUGGCUAUGGAGAGUCGCUCGGAACAUUAUCUCCCUACUCCCAGGACAUCUACGAGAACCUGGACCUCCGGCAGAGACGGGCCUCCAGCCCUGGAUACAUCGACUCCCCGACCUACAGCCGUCAGGGCAUGUCUCCCACACUCUCCCGCUCGCCCCACCACUACUACCGCUCUGGGCCCGAGAGUGGCUGGAGCUCUCCAUACCAUAGCCAGUUAGAUGUGAGGUCCUCCACUCCGACCUCUUACCAGGCUCCCAAGCACUUUCACAUCCCAGCUGGAGAAAGUAAUAUCUACCGGAAGCCCCCGAUCUACAAACGGCAUGGUGAUCUGUCAACAGCAACCAAGAGCAAAACAAGUGAAGACAUCAGCCAGGCCUCCAAGUACAGUCCAGCCUACUCACCAGACCCCUACUAUGCUGCAGAGUCUGAGUACUGGACCUACCAUGGGUCCCCCAAAGUGCCCCGAGCCAGGAGGUUCUCAUCUGGAGGAGAGGAAGAUGAUUUUGACCGCAGCAUGCACAAGCUCCAGAGUGGGAUCGGCCGGCUGAUUCUGAAGGAGGAGAUGAAAGCCCGGUCUAGCUCAUACGCAGAUCCCUGGACCCCACCCCGGAGCUCCACCAGCAGCCGGGAGGCCCUACACACUGGCUAUGAGAUGUCCCUCAAUGGCUCCCCUCGGUCCCACUACCUGGCUGACAGCGAUCCACUCAUCUCCAAAUCUGCCUCCCUGCCUGCCUACAGAAGAAAUGGGCUGCACAGGACACCCAGCGCAGACCUCUUCCACUAUGACAGCAUGAACGCCGUCAACUGGGGCAUGCGAGAGUACAAGAUCUACCCUUAUGAACUGCUGCUGGUGACCACAAGAGGAAGAAGCCGUCUGCCCAAGGAUGUGGACCGGACGCGGUUAGAGCGCCACCUGUCCCAGGAGGAGUUCUACCAAGUCUUCGGCAUGACCAUCUCCGAGUUUGACCGGCUGGCCCUCUGGAAGAGGAAUGAACUGAAGAAGCAAGCCCGGCUGUUCUAGGCAGAGGCUUUAUAAAUAUAUAUCCAUUUAUAUAAAGAUAUAUGUAAAUCUCUAUAUGAAGCUUGGUAUAAUCCUCUCUGUGUAAUGGGACACACUGCCCACCAUGAGACUUGCUGUUCUGCACUUUCAGGCCAGCCCACAUCGUCAAGAUGUUUUUAUGCUCCUUUCUUUCUCUUUUCUAAGUGCUGUGGGGUUUGGGAAGGGAUUUGAGGGGACUCCCAUCCUUUUGCUGGGGAUCCUUUUUAUACUAAAACAUCUGUCCUAACUUGAGUCCCCCAGAGUCCAACUCUCUUUGCUAAAGGAGGUGCCUGAAGAAGUUUCUCUACUCUCUGCUUCCUGGCAUUUCCCCCCAGUCUCUGGGGCAGAUGCUGACCAUGCAGUUUCACAUCUUGCCCCAGAGGGGCCCCCAUGGGAGGAUCACAGUGAGCACUGAACACCUUUGAGAGCCCAUGAAGAAUUUUCUCAUCAUCCCCAGUUAGGAGUUCAGUGCUUCUGAUUGGUGACACUGUCAGCAGUGUGGGCCUUGGGUCUGUUCCUGACAGCAGCAAACAGAAGUGGACAGAGCCUUGGCCUCUCCUCAGCUCUCAGGCCUUCUCCUUCUGCCCUUGAUCCUAACCUCUCCUUUAACCAAGGCUCAUGGUGGGAAAAGAAAAGGCACUUCCCUUCCUCCACCACACCUCCAAAUGGCCUCUUUGCCUGGCCCUGCCUGGAGGACCAGGGAAGGAGUGGGAGCUGGGAGCAGGAGACAGAGCAGCGCACCUGUCAGAGUCAGAGCUGCAGGAUGUCUUGGGACCCUCCCUUUCCCUCACUGCUCCCAGCACCUCCUGACCCUUCCCCCUUCGAAGGAGAGGCCCAUUAUUUCAGCCUGUACUCUUCAGCCUUACUACAAUCUAUGUGCCUGACUACUCAACACGCCACAGGGCUAACAAUCCUACCACAGUUCCAACUGAACAACAAGAUAGACAACCUCUAACAUCCCUCUAAACAUAGGCCACAUCCCACAGAAAGGUUCUUGGUCCAUGCCUGCUGGUCCCUGGGCUGGCUGGGAUAAACAACCAGACCCCCACCAAUCCUCAAUUCCCACUGCAAAGUUGGCCACAUUUCAUGGGGGAAGCUUUUGGGAGAAUGGCUGCUUAUGAAAUUCCAAAAUAGAGCAUUGACCAACACACUCAUGGUCAUCCUAGAUUUCCCUAAAGGCUACCUUUCCUGCCUCCUUGCCUUCUGGAACAGGGGUAAAAGCUUAACCUUCUCUCCACCCAUCCCCCAUCCCUCAACUAUGGGUUGGUCAUGUUUGGUGGGGUCUGUUCCUUCUUGGAGGUGCCUUACAUCAGCCCAUUUUAAGGUCAUGGAGGAAGGAUGAAAUGGAGAUGAUCAUUAUGACUCUCAAAAGGCUGGUGAUGUGCAUGGCAGAUGUAGAACUGACUUCAAUUCAACAAACCCUCACUAAGUACCUGCUGUUGCUGAGCACCUUUGGUAUAGUGAGCACUGAAUGGGGGAGGCUGAUGGGAAUACUGGGUGAUCAACAUGGGGCCUGGUCUUGGGGGCAGGCCUACUAACAAUGGGUAUGGUAAGGCAUGUAUUCAAAUAUGGUGGAGGUAAAGCAGAAAAUGAUAGGAGACAGCAUGACAAAGUAUGACUAUUGAAAGGCAUAAAUGCAGUUGGUAUAGACCAAGGAAAGCUCUGAAAGAGACUGCACUUCAGCAAAGUUCAGGAAGGAUCUUUGUAAACUGGGAGGAGACCAUAACUUGAAAGGGUGAGAGGAUGAGAGGCUAGAAGGGAGGUCUAAUAUACUCUUAUUUAAAAUGCCAACCGCUCUGCAACUUCUCUCUUUGGCCAAUGUCUUUCAACUGUCCUGACCCUUUAGAAAUGUCCCUGCCAGAUGUAAUCAUUGAAACUGCCCCAUUAUCACUGGUUGAGAACUUGGCAAGAUUGAAGGGUUUUGUUACUGUUGUUGGAUAUUUUUGUUUCCCAUAAAAGCACAUAAUUUCAACCCA